AUGCAUUUCUAUAGGGAAUGUUCCGUGUUUAAAGUUGCUCUGGUAAUGGUAGCAGUCUUGCAACUGAUCUACCUCUCCUUUCUACCGAAACUGCACGGUAAGCAGCAGCGCUACCGAUAUUCGGAGCUUUUCCGGAGCUCUGGCAAGAAAAAUGCCCACGUGGAGAAAAACUCACGGAAAGAGCGUCUCAGGGGGGGUAUAUUUGAUGCCAGCGGGAAAUACCGUGUGUACAAGAACUUGAUCAAAAGCGAUUUCUCCACCAAUCAGAAGAAUGGAGCGGAUGCAAGCUCGCACCUCUUGGCCUUAGCAACGCACACAUCCAUCAACAACUUCCUGCUCUACACCCUCAGCAUCUUCUGCCCUCAGAUACAGAUACAGGCCUUGGUGGACUUCCACAUGUGCCACUCCGGGGAGAUGGCGAGUUUCCCAGAGCAGGACCGGGAGCAUUUUGCAAGUCUGGAGGACUGUGCCGCGGUGUUCGCCAGGCUGGAGACGCACCGAGACAAAUACCAGAACUAUGCCAUCGGCGGUAACGCCUCCUAUCCAAACAAUCUUCUUUGGAACUUUGCCAGCGGUGUCAUGGAAGCCAACUACAUCCUGGUCAUCGACAUGGCACCCAGUGCCGACCUCCACCAGCAGUUCCUGGCGCUGGCCAUGAGACGUGAACCUGCCACAGACGAGGUCUUCGUCCUGCCUGCCUUUGAGAUCCGCCAUGUACACAAGAUGCCUGCCACCAAGUCUGAGCUGGCACAGCUGUACCAGGUGGGAGAGGUGCAGCCCUUCUAUGAGGUGCUGUACCCACAGUGCCAGGCCCCCACCAACUACUCCCAGUGGGUGAACAGACAUAGCCAAGGCAUGGGGCCCCUGGACGUGGCCUAUAGUUUAUCCUGGGUGGACCCCUGGGAGCCCUUCUACAUCUGGCCCCGCACCGUCCCCCUGUACGACGGCUUCAGGUAGUAUGGCCUGAAGCCGCAUCAGUCAGCCUGUGAGCUCCACGUGACGGGCUACUGAUUCUCCGUUCUCAACUCUGCCUUCGUGGUGCACAAAGGGUUCAAAGUUCAGGGCGAGUUCCACAGCAGGAUGGACGAGGAGAAACGAAGGAGUCGCCUCCUGUUCCGCAGCUUCAAGGAGGGCCUGAAGACCAAGUACCCCUCCUCCCCUCGACGCUGCUGA